UUUGCUAGAAAUAAAGAAACACAGUUGCGGAGUGCGCUGCUUGGAUUGGGAGAUUUGGUGAGAGUUCCCACGCUUGAAAGUUGAAAUCCAGAUCUUCGUUCUCGUUUAGAUUCCGCCGUGAAUUUGAAUUGUAAUUCGGAGAUAGAGCUAGAAAUGGAUCCGGACUCGGUGAAAUCAACUCUUUCUACGUUGGCAUUUGGAAAUGUCAUGGCCGCGGCAGCUCGCGAUUAUCAAAAGGAAGUGCUAUCCAAGGACAAGGCACAGACUUCAAGUUCUGUUAAUGUAGAUUUUGAUCUUGAUGAGCUAAUGGAUGAUCCUGAAUUGGAAAAGUUGCAUGCUGAUAGGAUUGCUGCUCUCAAGAAAGAAACUGAGAAGCGACAAGAAUUGAAAAAGCAUGGGCAUGGAGAGUAUAGAGAGAUUACUGAAGGGGACUUUUUGGGUGAAGUUACUGGCAGUGAAAAAGUGAUUUGUCACUUUUACCAUAGAGAGUUUUACCGAUGCAAGAUCAUGGAUAAGCAUUUAAAGUCACUUGCGCCAAGGCAUUUUGAUACUAAGUUCGUAAAAUUGGAUGCAGAGAAUGCUCCCUUUUUUGUUACCAAGCUAGGAAUCAAAACUUUGCCAUGUGUCAUCUUGUUCAGGAAAGGAAUUGCUACAGAUAGGCUGGUUGGAUUCCAGGACCUGGGAGGAAAGGAUGAUUUCUCCACAAAAACACUGGAAACUUAUCUGUUAAAGAAAGGAAUAAUCAAGGAGAACAAACCAGAUGAUGAUGACGAUGAGAGAGAUUAUGAUAAUGGACGCAGGGCGGUGAGGUCAUCUGCGCAUUCUGAUUCAGAUUCCGAUUGAUAAAGGAAUUUGAAGAAAGCCGGUCUUUAUCCCAGCUGCAAACUGCCGAGACUGUCAUGCUUGGCAUUUCAGACGAUUAGGAGAGUGCAGUGUCUUGGAUGACCUUUUACCGUUUUACGUUUUGUGUACUAUUCUUCAAGUACAAGAGGGAGAGAAUUUGGUGGAAGUAAUCAUUUUAGCAGAGCUUCAUCUCUAUUGACCAAAAACAAAAAAAGCAUUGUAUGAUGAUAAGAAAAAUGAAUUUUCAUUAUGUAACAUUAUGGAGUUGUGCAGGGAUUCUAAAUCUAAAGUGUAGUAACUACUAGUAUAUGUAUUUGAGUGACAUACUGGUGUGGCUUACUUGUGAGUAUAUCCAGUUUUCUCUGUUUUUUGGAUUGAA